AUGUCCGAUCCCACGCCGAGGCGCCUUCAAAGGCCGGUCAUUUUUGUCUGCGACCUCCAAGACAAGUUCCGCAAUGCCAUCUUCGAGUUCGAGAAGGUAGUCAAGACAACGAGCAAGCUCCUCCGCGCCGCCGAGACCCUCAAGAUCCCCGUCUACACAACGACGCAAAACCGCGCACGCCUCGGCGAUACCGUACCAGAACUCGCGUCCCUCCUCCGGGAGUCGGACCUCAUCCGGGCCCCCGUGGACAAGACCAAGUUCAGCAUGUGGGUGCCCGAGAUCAGCCGGCAGUUCGACAGCGCGGAGCCGGCGCAGGUCAUCAUCGUCGGAAUCGAGUCACACAUUUGCGUCACGCAGACCGCGCUGGACCUCCUGGCGGCGGGGCACAAGCCAUACGUGCUCGCGGACGGCGUGAGCAGCUGCAACCGCGAGGAGGUGCCCAUCGCCCUGGCGAGGUUGAGGCACGAGGGCGUCACGGUAACGACGAGCGAGAGCAUCAUGUAUGAGCUCAUGGGCGAUGCCGCGGUGCCCGAGUUCAAGGGCAUCGUGGGGCUCGUCAAGGAGACGGGCAAAGAUACGAAGGAGGUUCUGCAAGCUCUGGUGCCCAAGAUCUAA